AUGAAGCAGUCGUGGAGCUUCGAGCGCGAGGACCGGUCGCACUUCCUCAUCGAGCGCUUCGGCUUCGGGCCGUCGGGCCGCAUGGACGUGCGCGUGACUGACGUGGCCAUCGAGGCGGCCGACGGCUCCACCGAAGGCGCCGACAUCCAGGCCGGCCUGCUGUUCGUGCACCAGGACGAGCUCUGGGAGGCCGUGGCCCUGUUGGACGACGUGGUGGGCGACGUGGACCUGCAGGACAACGACGACCCCAUGAUGCUGGCCACGGGCCAGGACCAACAGGCCCAGGACGGAGACGCACAGGACAAGUGCGCGCUGCAGCUGCGCCGCGACAGUCGCUGGGUCGACCUCGCGGACGAGCGCACGUGGAACGUCAGCCGUGGGGCGGAGCACGUGGCCCUUGAUGGCCCGGAGGGGGGCGGCCACAACGGGCCGCUCAAAGUAGGCUUCUACUACAUCUUCUACGCGCAGUGCACGCCCGGACUCCAGGUCUCCUUCCACAUGGACGCGAUGUUCAAGAAUGGGGCUAAGGACUUCUUCUCCGUGGGGGAUGCCCCAUUGCCGGUGGUGUACUUGACGACGAGUCUGCUGUUUCUGACCGCGGCCGCGGCCUGGGGCUGGUGUUUGGCGACGCGUCGAGAUUUCGUGCAGAGGGUGCAUUGGCUCAUGGCCAUGCUGGUGGGAGUCAAGACCGUGGCGCUGUUCGCCGAGGCCAUGCGCGCGUACUACAUGAGGCGCAACGGCGACACGCUCACGGCCUGGACGGCAGUGUCGUACGCGUUCAUGAGUCUCAAGGGCCUGCUGCUGUUCUCGGUGCUGCUGCUCAUCGGCACGGGCUGGUCGCUGCUGAAGCCGCAUCUGUCGCAGAGGGACAAGUCCGUGCUGUCGCUCGUGCUGGUGCUGCAGGUCGUGAGCAACACGGCCCAGAUCCUGGAGGCGGAGACGGCCGUCGGCACUCGGGCGUGGGUGAGCUGGCGAGAUGUUCUGCUGCUGACGGACGUGGCCUGCUGCGCGGCCGUGCUGCUGCCCAUUGUGUGGUCCAUUCGACAACUGCGAGUAGCGGCCGCAACGGACGGCAAGGCGUUCGCCAACCUCCAAAAGCUCACGCAAUUCCGGUCGUUCUACUUACUGGUGAUUAGCUACAUCUACGUGACUCGACUGGUGAUACAGCUUCUGCAGGCCAGCCUGCCCUACGACGCUACGUGGGUCGCGGUGGCCGUCAGCGAGCUAGCAGCGCUGGCCUUCUUCACCAUCACAGGCUACCGCUUCCGCCCGCUGCCGGUCAACCCGUACCUGGAAGUCCCCAUGCACGAAGACGAUCUGGAGGAGUUCGCGCUGGACGACGACGAAGACGACCUCGACUUCCGCAACAUCCAGCGCACUGACAUCCGCAAGUUCGCGUACGGCGCACCAGUGAAAACCAAGGCGAGUAACCAAGUCCAGACCAAAACAGGAACUUCCUCCCCGGAGCGCACCAGUUACGCCAAGAAGAGGAGUGGAAGCUUCAACAGCGACCUGUAG